CAGAAAAAUUCAAAAUGGCAGAUGAGGAGAUUGCCGCUUUGGUUGUGGACAACGGAUCUGGAAUGUGUAAAGCAGGGUUUGCAGGCGACGAUGCCCCCAGAGCAGUGUUCCCUUCCAUUGUGGGAAGGCCCCGACAUCAAGGGGUCAUGGUGGGCAUGGGCCAGAAGGACAGCUACGUGGGAGAUGAAGCGCAGAGCAAGAGAGGCAUUCUGACCCUGAAGUACCCUAUUGAGCAUGGCAUUGUCACCAACUGGGAUGACAUGGAGAAGAUCUGGCACCACACUUUCUACAAUGAGUUGCGGGUUGCCCCAGAGGAACACCCCGUCUUGCUUACUGAAGCUCCCCUGAAUCCCAAAGCCAACAGGGAGAAGAUGACACAGAUCAUGUUUGAGACCUUCAACACGCCAGCUAUGUACGUGGCCAUCCAGGCAGUGCUGUCCCUGUACGCCUCCGGCCGUACCACCGGAAUCGUCAUGGACUCUGGAGAUGGGGUCACCCAUACUGUGCCCAUCUAUGAGGGCUAUGCCCUGCCCCAUGCCAUCCUGCGUCUGGACCUGGCUGGGCGUGACCUGACCGACUACCUCAUGAAGAUCCUGACAGAGAGAGGCUACAGCUUUACCACCACGGCCGAGAGGGAGAUCGUGCGGGACAUCAAAGAGAAGCUCUGCUACGUUGCCCUCGACUUUGAGCAGGAGAUGGCCACGGCUGCCUCCUCCUCUUCCUUGGAGAAGAGCUAUGAGCUGCCCGAUGGCCAGGUGAUCACCAUCGGCAACGAGCGCUUCAGGUGUCCCGAGGCCCUCUUUCAGCCCUCCUUCCUGGGCAUGGAGUCCUGUGGCAUCCAUGAGACCACCUUCAACUCCAUCAUGAAGUGCGACGUGGACAUUCGAAAGGAUCUGUAUGCCAACACGGUGCUGUCGGGUGGUACCACCAUGUACCCUGGCAUCGCUGACAGGAUGCAGAAAGAGAUCACCGCCCUGGCUCCCAGCACGAUGAAGAUCAAGAUCAUUGCUCCACCAGAGCGCAAAUAUUCUGUCUGGAUCGGCGGCUCCAUUCUAGCAUCUCUCUCCACCUUCCAGCAAAUGUGGAUCAGCAAACAAGAAUAUGAUGAGUCCGGUCCCUCAAUUGUCCACCGUAAAUGCUUUUAAUGAUAUCACAAAGCCAGCCUUUUGUGUAGAGUUAACUGCAGAAAACGAGGCCUAUUUUUCUGGUUAAUCCUGUAGUCUUGGACAUUCCUGAAUAAUUUCUCCUAUUGCAAAAACAUGUCUCGCACACUCUUAACCUUGAGGUCAAUUCAGCGACCGGUACCAAAAUUUAAGUUUGGGGACCAUUGCUGACAUGUGCCAACAACCUUUCUUCUAAACUUGUUUGAGGAUGAAGUGUUAACCAUCUUAGUAGGAAUUGUCAUUUCCAGCAUUGGCAGUUUUUCUGUAGAAGGAAAGCUAAUAAAUUCUUGUUAACAGUA